AUGGCAUCCCAAAGAUUAAUCGACACCACCUCGCGGGUCCGCAAGAAGCCCAUGCGCAUCCUCGUCCUAGGCAUGUGCCGCACCGGCACAACCACAAUCACCGCCGCACUCCGCAAACUAGGUUUCACCCCCCACCAAAUGCGCAACGUGCUCUCCAACCCCUCGGACCUCGCCCUCUGGCAAGAAGCAAUCAACCUCACCCUGCUCCCCCCUCCAGACCGGCCUUCCCACCAACGCAACCAAGCACCCUACACCAAACAAGACUUUGACAAACUCCUGUCCGACUACGACGCCGUAACCGACCUCCCAGGCUGCCUAUUUGCAAAAGAACUCGUAGAAGCCUAUCCCGACGCCAAGGUCAUCCUCACCCUACGCAACUAUGCAGACUGGGAAGGUAGCAUGCGCGAAAGUCUCUGGUGCCUCGAUACAUGGCGCUUGUUUACGUUCUGUCGCCAGUUCAAUCUUACCCAACUGGCGCCGCUGAUGCAGCUUGUGCACUCGGCCUUCAAGGUGCAUAGUGGGAAUCACUAUGGCGGGGCUGCGUCCAAAACGGCGUUUGAGCGGCAUUAUGAGGUGGUGAGGCGCGUGGUGCCGAAAGACCGCCUGCUGGAGCUGGAUAUGGAUGGCGAGCUGGGGUGGGAGCCGUUGUGUGGGUUUUUGGGCGUCGAGGCGCCGAAGGAGGGGUUUCCGGUUGUGCAGGAGGAGAAGGCUAUGCGGAGGGGGCUCGAGAGUGCGUGGUGGGGUAUGGUCCAGUAUUUUGUGCUGCUGAUUCUGUUGCCAGGGUCCGUGGUUGUUGGGUCCUACUUUUUCUUCGUGUACGCCGAUGUGCUGAGGGAAUAUAGGGAUAUGGUCCUUUUGAUGCUAAAGAAGUAUAUGGAUACUGGGGAGUGGUAA